AUGUUCGGACAAAUCGUUAUUGGUGCGCCGGGUGCAGGGAAAACAACUUACUGCAAUGGCAUGAGUCAGAUCUUAUCGCAACUUGGCCGACGUGUGAUUUGUGUGAACUUAGAUCCAGCAAAUGAUUAUGUGCCAUACAAAUGUGAUAUCGAUAUUCGUGAAUUGGUGAAAGUGGAAGAUAUCACCAGUCGGUUAUAUCUUGGCCCUAAUGGAGCAUUAAGGUAUUGUAUGCAAACUUUGAAGAGGAAUAUAGAAUGGUUACGAUUGAAGUUGUCGCAUGUAGAUGGAUAUUUGCUUUUUGAUUUCCCAGGACAGCUUGAGCUGUACAAUAGUGACGACUGCAUCACAUCUAUUAUCCAUAGUAUGGAAAAAUGGGGUCUCCGUCUGGUUGCUGUGCAUCUCAGUGAUAGCUUAUAUUGUUCGGAUGCAGGUAAAUUCAUCUCGGUAUUGUUAAGUGCACUUGCCAUCAUGGUAAAUCUGGAGUGCGCCCAAAUUAAUGUGUUAUCGAAGAAGGAUUUAUUGGAAGAUAAUGACUUACCGUACAACUUCGAAUUUUUUGAACAACUUCCGGACGCGUUGCGGUUGGUCGAAUUGCUUGAUGAGUCACCAAUACUCAAACAAUAUAAAGGGUUGAAUGAAACGCUCUGUUCGGUAAUAGGCGAUUAUGAUUUGGUAAAGUUUAUGGGCUUGGAUGUUACAAGCACAAAGCACAUGCUGGAUAUACUAAAAUUAGCUGAUACGGCUAAUGGUUAUGCCUUCAUCAAAGCACCUGAUAUCAGAAACAUUAUGCAAAAGUGA